ACCACCACCAUCACCAUCACCACCACCACCACCACCGCCACCACCGCCAGCACCACCGCCACCACCAUCAGCACCACCUCCACUUCUGCCUCCUCGAUCAGUCGACCCCGUGCAACGCGGUAUGCCGGCCGCCGCGUGAUACUGUAUCCAUCAAUCGUCAUCGAGAAGCAAAGAAAGGAUAGUGACUCCUACGUUGUGAGGAGUGACGCAAAGUCGCCUCUGGAGACGUUAUACUUUAAGGGGUGGGGGGUGAAAAGAGGGGCGAGUAAGCGGAAGCGAUUUUGAGAGAGGUGAAGCUCUAU